AUGGUGCGGAGCGGUAGGGAGGCACCUGGACCCGAGCUGUGUGCAGAUUGCGCCGAAGGGCAGCAGGAACAUUGUGGCCUCUACAUGCAGGGCGCAAUCCAAUGCUGUGCGCCCUUCGGCAGCUGUGCUUCGGAGGAAGUCGUGGUGUGCACGAGCAGCGGCGAGGUCGAGAAUGUCGAGGGCUUCAUGCAUGUGAUCGAUGAGGAGGAGGACGUGCCAUUGCUGUCAUGCACACGUGGCCUGGUGACCAUUGCCGACUACGUCACGGAGCUGCAGCCAGAGGAAGAUGGAGUCGAUGCGUUCCCGCUGCCUCACCCUGCAACGUCCUCUAUGCCGCCGGACGGAUUCACCGCUACUGUGGCCACCCAGAGUGUCACCUUCACCGCCGUGGUACCUGCCGAUGGUUCACCGAUCCUUGUCGAGAUCCAGGACUUCAAGCUGGAGGUGAAAGCACCCCCAGAGUCCCGGCCGGGUGAGCGGGUGACGUUCGACCUGAGUGCACCUCCCAAGUACCAGGUGAAGGUGCCUCCAGGCUUCAGCUCGGGUGGCUGCAUCCGGUAUCUGGACAGCCAAGGCAGGUCCGUGCAGUUUCAGAUUCCAGCAGGCAAAGGGCCUGGCGAUUCCUUCACGGUCUUGCCCACGUGCAUGGUCGUGCUUGUGCCGCCUUCGGUGCAAGCCGGGGAGUUUCUGGCCUUCAAAGGCCAAGGCAACUGGAAAGACUCCUGGCUUGCGGUCAUGGUUCCGCCCGAGAUCGCACCUGGAGGGCAUUUCCCAGUGAGGCUGCCUCCCAAAGAGAAGCGGACAGGUACCUUGACAAACAAGGACCUCAAUGCCAUCUCUAUCUUUGGCUUCAAGGUGUAG